GGAUCUGAAUGCUGGCUGGCCCUCCAUUCAUUGUCAUUCCGUAGGUCGAUACCUAACAUUCUGACAGUAACGCCGCGAACACCGCAUUCGACGGACGUUCUGUUCCGUUCGCAGCUAGCAUACGGCGCAAUCGUGUCAAUAUUUAUAAACAAAUCAAGUGUUGUCUUAGUUAAUUUCAUAUUUAAUUUCUACGUGAAAUUUAAUUCAGUAAAUUCACUUGUGUUAUUUUUUAGUGAAUAUUUUAGUGUUUAAAUGGAUAUUUUCUGAACGAUACUGAAACACGCUUGAUUUUCGCAAGGUGUCAAGACAGUCCGCUGUUACUACUGUGAAAUAAUUGAAGUGACGUGUGUAAAGUGAUGGUGUUAUUAAAAUAAAAUGGGUAGAAGAAACAUGAGUAUGUUGAGGUUAGGUAGAUGCGUUGCGUUUCUCGCCGCGGCAGCAUUUCUUCUGCCUUUCACAAUACUACUGAUGGUGUUUGACCAACAAUACAACUUCACAUAUAACUCCAAACGCGUCUUCUACCAAGAGAGCGACUUCUAUAAAAUAAACGGAACACUAUACGCCCCCGCGUACACGCUAACUACACCCACUUAUAGGACACAGUUUGUAUUCGAGAACGGUACGCACGAUGAGCUGCUAUCGAGAGAGAAGUUUCUAGAAGUGGGCGCAAGGAUGGAGGCCCGCCGCGACGCACUCAGGGCGCAGUGCUCCAAGCUGGGUCUGGAUAGCUCCAGCUAUAAAGCCUACUCAUGGGAAUACCUUAUAAACAGACAAUACCACGUCAUAUGGUGCAACAUAUUUAAGGCGGCCUCUACAUCCUGGAUGUACAAUUUCAACCUUAUGGCGAAUUAUUCAGCGGCAUUCUUGGAUAAGACUAAAGAAGUACCAUUAGAACUAGCGAGGAAGAAAUACGUAAGACCAUCGGUGGAAAUGCUAAAGAAAGCGCAGUCGGAUUCUAUCACUUUCCUCAUAGUGCGACAUCCUUUAGAAAGGCUGGCUUCCGCUUACAAUGAUAAAAUUGUUCAUGCGUGGCCUAAGUCGUUCCACGAUAAAAUGGGCCAUAGGAUCGUAAGAAAAUAUAGAAAGCUAUCUGGGGAGAAUCCGCCGCCGCCUAAAGAGCGGUACCCGAUGUUCGAGGAGUUCGUGUCGUACGUUGUGGACGAAGCGCGCGCCAAACGGCCGUUAGACAUGCACUGGACCCCUUACACUGCAUUCUGCACACCCUGCAAGUUCAACUUCGACGUCAUACUCAAGUUUGAAACUCUCGAUGAAGACCAACGGUUCCUGAUACAGAUGGCGCGGCUGCACGAGGUGGUGAAGCCGGAGUGGCGUAACAGCGGCAAGGGCUCGCAAACGCUGCACAUCAUCAACCAUCUUUACUCCAGGCUGAAGAAGUCGCAGCUCGAUGCACUUUAUAACCUUUACAAAUAUGACUUCCAGCUUUUCAACUACACCAUAGACAAGUACUACGAGAUCGUUCGACCUGACGACAACAGCAGUCACGGAUGAAGAUGACCCGCAUUAUACGUUGAACAUUUCAUUGAACAUUAAAAUAUCGGCCGCGACGCAAAGAAGUAAAGACUGAUCGAUAGAAAAAGAUUGAUACGGCGAAGGAUAUUGAUGUGUCGCGAAGCUUGGAUACUCAUACGUCAAUUUAGUAUAUUUCGUAAUGUCUAAUUUUGUGAUACGGUUAACACAUUCCAUGCCAUAUGUGACGCCUUGCCAACCAAGGCAUGGUACUGAAAGUGUUAAUGUCUGCGUGAGUUGCUUUGCUAUACUUUUUUAAGUAAAAAUUUGCUCGUCUGCUGUCUUACUCGUGUCUUUUGCAUUUAGGUAUUGUGUGUGGAAUUUAUUAGCUGGUUUUUGAAACGUGUGACAUAAGAAAUGUUAAUACGUUUGAUUACAUUAUAUUAAUUAUUGUCUUGAAUUUUAUAAGUGUAAUUUUACGAAGUUAAUGAUUUGUUAUUUAACGAAAUAGAGCAAUAUUUAAAUAGACAAAAUUUAAUAGUUUUAUGCGUUGUUUUUUGUGAUAAUUGAAUGCAUAUUUUAUAGAUCUAAUAAAUCUAAGAUACGAUGUUUGUAAUAUCUAAACGAUAAUCCAGUUUGUUACCUUUUAAUUCAUACUUUUUACUAGUUCUUCAAAAUAAUCGACUUCAAACACGGCACUAAGAUUAAUAAAUAGACUACAAAAAUGCUUUUUUUAAAAAAACAUUGAAAGUGCUUCCGUAAGUAUAUAAAUGUACAAAGAUUUUACAGAGCAUCUACAAAAUAUUUCACAUAGAAAUACUUGAAACUGAAUCAUCAGAUCGCGAAAUGGACGACAAAAUCGCAAUAUUAAGAAAAAAUAGAUUUAUCAUCUGUAUUAAAAGUAGUAUUACAGUGAUUGUAUAAAAAUAUUACGUAUGAGGCUUCUCAAAUGCAUGAUACAAUUAAUCAUAAGUACAAAAUAAAAAUAGGUAAAAACAAAAUAUAUAAUAUAUAUUUCUACGAGUAAAUGAAUGUUUAAGGCAAAAUGUCGCACAAAAUUGUAACGAAUUGGUAUACAGUAAAUAGUUGCGUGUUGUAAAAUGCAAAUUAUAUGCGUCUAGAAAGUUAUUUUUUAGAGUAAUAUAGUUACCUAGACGCCAAUAUGGCGUUUUCUUUGGUGUUGCAAGAUAUUUAUAGUUACAGUGUUGCAAAGUUUUACCAAAAAUUAAAAAUUGAUCAUCUUAUCGAACGAAUGAACUUUAUUAUGCGUUAGAUGUAUGUAUGAGAGAAGUUUAAAAUAACUGGUGGAAAUCUUUAAUACGCGUUAUAUGUUAUUAAUAUUAAAUGUUUUUAAUUUAUAGUUGGUUAGUUGUUAAAAAAGACAAAAGUUAGUACUGUUCUAUGAACUAGUCGUAGUUUUAAAUCGCGUUUUUUUCUAAUUUAAAUACGUUUUGUAGAUUUAGUCACCUCUAUAAAAGUAUUGCGAUCAAACCAUUUGUAUAAAGGCAACGUUGUACGGAUGAAAGUAUAAUGAUGUUAAAACUUUAUGGCGACUCGUGAUGUUGUAACUGCAACCCUUUACAUUCAUACCAAAUAUAGUUCUGUGCAGUCUCGUGCGAUAUUUAAAGCCGCCAUAAAGUUUUGAUGGCACUGUAUUCGAUAACAGUCAUUUUAUUUCAAUUUAUAUGUGAAUUAAAAAAGUGGCAGAUCUAGGUUUAUUCCAAUUGUAAUCGCUAAUAAAUCGAAUAUUUAGAAUACAAACAUACGGCAUGGGCGUGGCCAUCGCUCGAGAAUAGACAAUCAAUUUUUUUAAUGAAAUAAAAACGAAAUAAGACCAUAAUGGUAGCUAAGCCCCACCCUAGAAGCGACGGCCAUGUUAAAUAGUUAUUAUGAAUCGAAUACUAGACCAAAAAUUAAUGGCCUAUGACAGUAACUGAGAUGGUGCUAUAGUGCAGUAGAAUGUGAUCUCAUAUCAGAACGUGGGACAUGAACGCAGCGACUUGUCUUGUUGCGAUCUAUGCCUGGUUCACACUAGGCCAGUAGCGAUCAAUCACUGGACUGGCAAUCAAUUAGAACCAACUGGCGUAGUGGGUCAUACACUCAACGCUUCACUUACGCUACUGUACUGGCCAAGUGUGUACCAGGUAUUAUUGUGUUGCAAACAACUGUAAUGAUCGGUUGUGUUUGUAAUGUUAAAGAAAAUUUUAUUCUUAGUACUUAUAGAGAAAUAAAAAGUUUAAUACUG